AUGUUCCUAAGUCUUUCUAUCUAUCUAAUAUGUCCCCAAGGUUAUCUUUAUAAAUAUAUUCCUAACUUUUUCUAUCUAUUUAUCUAUCUAUCCAAAUAUUUUCUUAAGUAUUUCUAUCUAAAUAUACUCCUUAGGAAUAUAUUUAUCUAUCUAUCUAUAUCUGUUCCUAAGUCUAUCUAUCUAUCUAUCUAUCUAUAUCUGUUCCUAAGUCUAUCUAUCAAUCUAUAUCUGUUCCUAAGUCUAUCUAUCUAUCAAUCUAUAUCUGUUCCUAAGUCUAUCUAUCUAUCUAUCUAUAUCUUCUAUCUAUCUAUCAAUCUAUAUCUGUUCCUAAGUCUAUCUAUCUAUCAAUCUAUAUCUGUUCCUAAGUCUAUCUAUCUAUCUAUCUAUCUAUCUAAAAAUGCUCCACUUUUUUCCAUAAAGUAUCUGGCUUUUACCUCUUUAUUUUUUAUUCAUUCUUUCUUUCCUCUCUUUCUCUUUUCUUAUCUACACAUAAUUUUUCCUUCUCCUUUUUCUUCCUUCAUAUUUCUUUUCCUUCCUUAUGUUCCCUCUUCAUUGUCUCUUUUUUAUUGUCACCGAUUCUUUUUUAUCAUUUCUUCUUAUUCCUUCAUAUUCCUUCUUCCUUCAUAUUCCUUCUCCUCCUUCCUUAUGUUCCUUCUUCAUUGUCUCUUUUUCAUUGUCACUGAUUCUUUUUUAUCAUUUCUUCUUCUUCCUUCAUGUACCUUCUCCUUUUUCUUCUUCUUUCAUAUUCCUUUUCCUUCUUCUUUCAUAUCCUUUUCUGUCAUCUUCUUUAUGUUCCUUCUUCAUUGUCUCUUUUUCAUUUCUUCUUUCUUCUUCCUUCAUAUUCCUUUUCCUUCUUCCUUCAUAUUCCUUUUCCAUCAUCUUCUUUAUGUUUCUUUCUUCAUUGUCUCUUGUUCAUUUCUUCUUCCUUCUCUUUCUUCUUCCUUCAUGUUCCUUCUUCUUCACUCUCUCUUCUUUAACAUUAACUUAUUGUUCCUUAUUCUUUUUUUUUAUAAUUUAUUCUGUUUUUUUUCUUAUUCUCAUUCAAUGUUUGCUCUCUUUUUCUUCUUUAUUUCCUUUCCAUUAUUCUUCAUUCCACCCACUUCCUUUUUUUUUUUUUAUUCAACAGAUUCAGUCAAUAAAUACCAAAUUUUUUUCAUUUUUUUUCUUAUUUUCCUUUUUUUUUCUUUAUUUUUUUGUCUUCUUUUUUCUUUCCUUUUUAAUUUCUUUUCUUUUGAUUUUCUUUUUUCUUUUUCUUUCCUUUUUAAUUUCUUUUUAUUUUAUUUUCCUUCUUUAUUUUCUUUUCCUUCUUUAUUUCCUUUUUGUCUUCUUUUUUCUUUCCUUUUUAAUUUCUUUCUUUUCAUUUUCUUUCUUUUCCUUCCUUUUCACUUUUUCUUUUUCUCUCCUCUUUCUUUUUUUCAUUUCUACAUUUAA